AGGUGAUAUGAAUACUGGGUGAACCUGCUCCUCCCUCACGCUCCUCCUCCCCCCUCGUUAUGGAGUGGGAGGAGAUAGCGGUCGCCCUCCUCGACAAGAAACUUUACCUCUCCGCUCUGGAACUUUACUAUGAGCUUCUGGAACACAACCAUGAAAUCAACUCUCUCAGAGAUUUCUUCAGUAAUCCCGGCAACUUUGAGACGUUCUACAAUAUACCCCGGUCCACCUCUCUCCAGACGUUCGACUCUCUGGACCUGGUAUCCCGUUACUCUGACGACGAUCCUGUAAAUGUGGCUGAUGAGAGGGUCACUGUGUUGGAGUUUGAGCUGCGCAAGGCACAGGACACUAUAAAUGCGCUACGUGGCACUCUUACUUCUAGUGCAGCACCUGAGCACAAAGAACGCAACUCCUCCAACUCCGAACACAAGGGUCCCAUCCUCCCCUACGAGAGACGGUGCCUGAACUUCCUUAUCUCAGAGCACCUGCUUACCCAGAACUGUAAGCUCACUGCAAUAACUCUCUCCGAGGAGUCCGGAGAUCAGGAUCUGGAGGAUUGGGAGGAUGUUGGCCUGAACUGUCCUCGACCGCCCAGCUUGUUAGGAAUCUACAGAACCAGUGAUCACCAUCAGAUACAAUCUUUAGAAGAGAAAUGCAAGGUCCUCGAGAACAAGUGCUCAGCCCUGACGUCCGAAAUGAACGCCUCAAUAUCACAGAUAACCCAGCUAAAGAAACUGUUGUCUGAAACCGAGGAAAGUGUCAAGACCACCGAGAAGAACAGCACUGAUCUUGUAAUUGUUCCCAAGGAGCCUCGGAAAUCUGAAUCAUCAGAUGGAAAUGUGAUAGUUUACUUUGAAGAGGGCGCUGUAAAAACAAAGGAUGAGAGAAAUAGACGUCAAACAUCCGACUGUUCGGUGAUAACCCAAGACAGCAGUGACAAAGAAAGGUGUCAAGAUGCUGGUUCAGCAGUCGGCAGUAUGACUUCCUACUCGACCAAUGACGACAGUCUCAAAGUAAUGAGACAUGAGGUAGAGUUGAGUUUAGCGGAAGCAACACGAGAAUCUCCAGUCUCAACUAGCCCCAGUGAGAUUGGGGACCAAGAGGACGAGGAUGCUGGGGUCGAGGCUGAUGGAGGUGUCUCUGAUGGGAUAGUAUCUGUUACUGAGGACGAGCAAGAUAUCGAGGAGAGGGACGGAGAAACUUUAAGUUUAAGAGAGGACACGGUUAAAUCCAUCUCACCAGUGCAAGAUGCUGAAAAUAACCCACUUGACGUUGAGUUAAAACCGAGUGAAGUGAGUCCAGAGGAUGUAAAAAUUGAGGAGUCUCCAGAAGUUGAGGAACAGGCUGCAGAAUCAUCAGACUCUGUUUGCGAUCAAGGGAAAGAGACGCCUGUUUUUGUAGAGGAGGAACAAAACGAAAACAUCAGUUCUAAAAAUACAACCCGAGAAUCGUCUGAUGUCGAGGUCAUAUCCUCAUCUGACUGUAACACUGGUAAUCAAGUGGGGGAAAACAUCAGUGGAUCUGAUGGAGACAGAACCAGUCCAGAAACCGCACCAGAUACUGGAAUAACACUGCCUGAGUACAGCGUAUCCCACUUUUUCGCCAACUCUCUGAAGGUCCUAGUUGAAGGUGCUGGUCAGUGUAGGCUGAGUGAGGAGAUAUCGCAUAUCUCGGAUGAUCCGAUCUUGGUUAUGGGAAGGUGUUUGCCUCAUAUCAUGCCUCACGUCCUCCUCAACAAAAGAGAGGAGCUGUUGCCAGUUAUCCUGUGUCUAGCCGUACAACACCCCAACCCUACCACACGGGACAGCCUCCUUCACCUCCUCUUCAACCUAGUCAAGAAACCUGACUUCGACCAAAGGCAGAUAAUUAGGGCCGGAUGUGAGGCGUUUGCUCGGAGUGUUGAUCGGAGAAGGUUGGAGGAGGAGCUGUUACCUCAAUGCUGGGAACAGAUAGCAGACAAGUUCGUGGAAAGACGACUGUUAGUUGCCGAGACCUGUGGUUCGCUGUCAGUACACUUCUCGGUGGACGUCUGCUCGUCCCUUAUCCUGUCGAUAUUGAAACAAGUUCUAGACGACAAGGACGAGUCAGUUCGGGAAAGUGCCGUAAAGAAUCUGUCACUUGUGAUUACAAGGAUUUAUAAUGAACACAAAGCUUCUGAUUUGCUGCAGAUCCUGAGAAAUACGUUACAUGACAGCAGCAGUAAAGUUCAACAAACUUCCCUCCGUUUUUACCUGCCUGCCCUCUCCUGCUGGCUGCUAUCACGUGACCACUACCUCCAAACCUGCUACAACAUGCUCCUCCAGCAACUUCUUUCUUCCAUCCAGUCUGCAUCCUCAGCUCGGCACAUUGCCAUAUACCUGCAGUCUCUCAAUGUUAGCAACGUGUUCGUGUUAGCUGGGAUGUUGAAACCUCUGGUGACGGACGCUCCCGCUGAUGCCAUGUCCCAGAGUACGGAUGAGUCCCACCUGGGACUGUUAGACCCAUGUGUUAUACUGAGUAUCACUAAAAGUCAGUACACCUCAGCCUUGUCCAGCUUGAACACCAGUAUUGUCCAGCAGAGUCUACCAGAAAGUGUGCAAAUACAAACUGAGUGGUACAGGAGCACAGCUGUACCGUGUCUUGUUGAGUGUAUAAAGAGUGUUAAAGACAAAUCUUUAAUGGCUGAUUUCACCAAGCUGCUCGCUCAAAUGCAGAUGGUGAUCGGUCGUACGUUCGUUCAGCACGUGGUGAGGCCGGUGUUGCUAGAGCACGUGAUGGAUGCACGUGUGUUGCCGGUGUACUGUGCGGGGAUAUUGGCGGCUAACGAGGAGGACCGGGCCGAGCUGAAGGAGUUUCUGGGAGAUACGCUUAACCAGUACGCUCACCAGUACCUCGAUGUGGGGCCCCUCACUGAAACAUUUGCUGAGUUGAGUCUGACACGGUCAGUCCUGCACAUUCUGGUUAAUGUCCUCAAUACAGCUCUGAGGGAAGCAACUAACCCACACAUGAAGGGCAUCAUCGCCAAAAUCUGUAAGGGGCUGUGUGACUGUGCAGAUCCUCAAGAUAUUGUAACCCACGUGAUGCCUAUACUAACCCGUCUAGCUAACGAUCCAGAUGUGUUUGUUCAGACAUCUACUGUCAUUUCAUUCGCUGUCAUGUUACAGCGCUCCUCAGGAUCAGUCAGCAGUAUCAGAGAACAGCUGGAUAAGUUUAUCAGCGAGUCUGUGUCCUCUGAUGUCCACGUGAUGAUGUGCGAGCUGAUCGAGAGCUUUACUCUUGUUUUGCCUCUCUGUAAUCCUGACAUUCAACGAGAUUUUCUGAUACCAAGACUGGCAACUAUUGGUGUGAGUAACUCCGCGAUAACCAACAAAACCAAACGAAGGGACAUAACAGAACGACUUAUCCUGGCUUACAAAGCGAUCCUGUGUUGUUACAUUUCAACUGAUACGAUAGAACAUUACAUAGUACCGGGGCUACAAGCUCUGCUGACUGAUGCUCAGGAGGUCGUACCGGACAAGCAGCCCACUGUUGAUAUCAUGUUACGUGAAGUGUUGUCUAAGACAUCUAUGGCGAGUAAAGACCAGCGGCCGAGCAAUGCCUUCGGUUCAAAAAUGAGUGGAUUUUUUAAGAAGAAGUAACUAAGAUACGUUUAAUGUAUUUUACUGACGGGAUUUCCGGAUUGAGGACUUUUCGUUGUGCAUGGAGUUGCGUUGACCGCUUUUAUACUGACACAUUUUACAAUUCGCUAAUUUAUCAUUAUUAUUCACGUUUAGCCUUAUAAAUUAUUACGCCUUCCGGUAGAUGUACAAUGUAAACAAUCUACAUUAAAGCGCAUAAUAUAUAAUAAAUGUACUUAUAGUUAUAACACUCAUUUAAUGAACAAUGAUUCGUGAAAUCCAAAUCAUGUGGGGUCUCGAUAAAAUAAAAUGUUUUUUGUUGAGGAUGAAUUUAUUGUUUGUUUUUUGUUUGGUAGGAUUGUGUAUGACUUGAUUUACUUUCAAUGUUAGAUAUUUCGUGUACAUAGAUUUUUGAACUUUUGGUUCAAUUUCCUAA